CAAAUGCCACACGGACAUCACUACAAUCGGCUUUCUGUUUGAUAUGUUUCCACCGUGAAAUUACCGUUAGAUAUUAUCUCUACCGGUUCUGUGUGCGUGUCAUUACAUGCACUUCUUAAAUCAAUCGUUAACGGACACUCGGUGGCGGACAAAGCGGACCAAAAAACGGGGAGACAUUGGAACCCGGAGCUUUGGAACGUGAGAACCGCUACAUGCUACGUGUACAGUAAUAACAACCUGGAGGCCGGAGCGCUGGUUUUAAAAAACAUGGAUUAUUUUCUUAUUUUGACAUAAAUAAGCAGAUGAUUUCCAGCUGUAACGUGCCGGGGGGGUUUGGGUGGAGUUAGCAGAAAGUUAGAAUGGAAGACAAUGUGAAAAAAGAUGAAGCAUUAAUGUGAAAAACUACUUUUCCCUUUUUGAUUUUGAAGAGUUUUUUUAAUUUCGACGGAAAUCUGGGUUUUAAAAUGAUGUACUCAUCCAAAAGAAAGCCUGUCCUCUACUUCAAAGAGGAGAGAAGGUUCCUCUCCGGUAAAUGUACGGUUUACAAGCUGUUCGGGCUGUGCAUGGUGCUGCUGCUCGUCUCUCUGCUCUGGCUCCAGCUCAGCUGUUCGGGGGAAAUGUCCUCCCCGCUGCACGAGGAGCGCCGCCCCCCCCCCACGCCCCCCUGCCCCCCCACCAACAGACAGGCGGAGGACGACCCCUCGUGGGGUCCUCACAAGCUGGCCCUCAUCGUGCCCUUCAGGGAGCGCUUCGACGAGCUGCUGGUGUUCGUGCCCUUCAUGCACGACUUCCUGAACAAGAAGAAGAUCCGCCAUAAGAUCCUCGUCAUCAACCAGGUGGACCACUACAGGUUUAACCGAGCGUCCCUGAUCAACGUGGGCUUCCUGGAGAGCGGCAACGACACAGAUUACCUGGCGAUGCACGACGUCGACCUGCUGCCGCUCAACGAGGCUCUGGAUUACGGGUUCCCCUCCGAGGGGCCGUUCCACGUGGCGUCGCCCGAGCUGCACCCCCUGUAUCACUACAAAACCUACGUGGGGGGGAUCCUCAUGCUCACCAAGAAACACUACCACAUGUGUAACGGGAUGUCGAACAGGUUCUGGGGUUGGGGACGAGAAGACGACGAGUUCUACAGAAGACUGAGGAAAGCCGAGUUACAGCUCUUCAGGCCGAGCGGCAUCACGACGGGAUAUAAAACAUUUCUCCACAUCCACGACUCGGCCUGGAGGAAAAGAGACCAGAAGAGAAUCGCCUCUCAGAAACAGGAGCAGUUUAAGGUGGAUCCGGAGGGGGGUCUGUCGAACCUGCGGUACGAGGUGGAGUCGAGGCGGGACCUGAGCAUCAGCGGCGCUCCGUGCACCGUCAUCAGCGUGCGCCUGCAGUGCGACACGGACCUGACGCCCUGGUGCCUCCUCACUUAGACACCCACCAUCUAACGGUCAGAUUUUAAAAUCCCGCGAUGACGCUCCGAUCGUUUCUACGCAAGCGCUGGUCGUGGUUCCAGACUCUCUCCUUUAAAGCAAAGGAAACCACGACCUGGGAAACGAGAAACGUCUUUAUUAUUAUCAGGUACAUCUCAACGAUAAAACUGCUGAUUUACAACGACUAAGAAAAACCUUCGGGUGGUUUUCAAACUUUUAAUUUAUCGACUUUUAGCAGGAGAAACCUCAGUGCUCGGACACGGACUUCAGCACCAAACCACAGCUGUAUUAUGUUAUUGUUUUGGGGAUCAUUGUUACAUUUCAAAACUAACAUCUAAAGGGUUUCAUGGUAUUCGUUUGUGUGCCUGCUGGUGAAAUGCAGAGGGAGGAAGCAGUAAGUAUGUUUUUUGUUCUUGUCCAUCUUAAACAAAACUCGCCAAAGAUAUAAAAAGAAAAUGUAUGAAAUCUGGAUUUUGCAUUUAAGUGAAAACCUCCCCAAAUGUGUUUUUUCUUAGAAUCAAAGAACUGUUU